UCGCCACGUGCUCAUUGGAUCUGGAUUAGGCUACAUUGAUUGGUGAAGACGCUUUUCGUAGACCAACGCGGUCUAGUUCUAUAGGUCCCCGAGGUGGAAAUCCAACGAUCGAUCAGCUAGUUCAAAAUCAAGGUGUUUUCGAUUUUCUUUAUUCGAUAUCUUGCACUUAAUACCCAUUCAUCUUGGGGGAGAGGGGCCUCAGAUUCGACCGCCAUCUGAAUACCAUGGAGGGCGAAGACCAAGCUAUGACAGAUGCGCCUAAUGGCAUCGACGAGUCUCACGUUGUCCCUGUCACUGGUCGAGAUACUGGUGAUACAUCAGCCAAUAAUGGUAUGCAUGUCGACACGGAUGAUAGCGAUGAAUGUGAUGAGGAUGGUCUAAUGAGGACAAUGCGGCGGCGAGGAUUAUUACCUACGGGCUGCUGUUACGAUGACAGGAUGAAACUUCACGCGAACGCAGACUUUGGUCCCUCGCCUCACCAUCCAGAAGAUCCCAGACGGAUUGAAGAGAUUAUGGAAAUCUUUAGGAAGGGCGGCCUUGUUUAUACAGGCUAUGACUCAAACCUUAAUGAGAUCCUUCAAGACAACCCUACGAAGUAUAUGUGGAGGAUCCCAGCUCGCCCGGCAACAAAACAGGAGAUAUGCACAGUACAUACCCCGAGACAUUACGAUUGGGUCCAGAAUCUCUCCGAGAUGUCAACCAGAGAUCUACGGGUCCUAAGUCAUAGUUUGGAUCAAGGCAGAGCUUCUCUCUAUGUAGGCGGUAUGUCGUAUGAGGCUGCAUUGCUUGCGGCAGGCGGUGCUGUGGAAACAUGCAAAAACGUAGCCGCCGGCAAGGUAAAAAAUGCCUUUGCUAUCAUUCGACCACCCGGACACCACGCAGAGUACGACACGCCUAUGGGAUUCUGUCUAUUUAACAAUGUCCCCAUCGCUGCUAAAGUUUGUCAGAACGAGUACCCGGAUACGUGUCGCAAGAUUCUUAUCCUGGAUUGGGAUGUUCAUCACGGAAACGGCGUACAAAACAUGUUCUACGAGGAUCCAAACAUCCUCUAUAUAUCUCUUCACGUAUACGCCAACGGCGACUUCUACCCGGGAAAGCCAGACAAUCCUAUGAUUCCAGAUGGAGACAUAGACAAAGUUGGCGAGGGUCCCGGCCGAGGCAAGAACGUAAACAUUGCCUGGCCAUCUCAGGGGAUGGGAGAUGGCGAGUAUCUGGCUGCUUUUCAGAAGAUUGUUAUGCCAAUUGCUCACGAGUUUAACCCGGACAUGGUUAUCAUCUCUGCUGGUUUCGAUGCAGCCGAUGGUGAUGAGUUGGGUGGAUGUUUCGUUACGCCCCCUUGCUACGCUCAUAUGACACAUAUGUUGAUGUCCCUCGCAGGUGGAAAGGUUGCUGUCUGCCUUGAGGGAGGCUAUAACUUGAAAGCAAUCUCCCAUUCAGCCCUAGCCGUCGGUCGCACACUUAUGGGAGAGCCGCCACCUAAAAUGGAGAUACCUCCCAUUAAUAAGGAGGCUGCGAAGCUCUUGGUUAAGGUCCAAGCAUCUCAAGCCCCCUACUGGGAAUGUAUGAGGCCCGGUAUAAUUGAUGUCAGAGAAUUGGGCGACAAGACUUCACGCCUGCACGAUGUCAUCCGGGGUUACCAACGACAACUAUUAUCUGAGAAAUAUUCCAUGAUUCCUCUCUUCAUCCAAAGAGAGGUUCUCUACAAAUCAUUUGAGAACCAAGUUCUCAUCACACCUGGAUUGCAAGCGAAGAGAAAGAUUAUGUUCAUCAUUCACGAUCCUCCCGAACUAAAAGUGAUGCCUGAUCUUGUUGAUAAUACAGUUGAUCCUCAUAACGGCUUCAUCAUGGAUGGCGUCUUGUCCUAUAUUGACUGGGCACACAAGAACGACUUUGGUAUCCUUGAUGUCAACAUACCGCAUUACAUUACGCACACAGAAGAUUUAGAUGCACAUACUCCUCGGGCCGAUGAGAAAACGUUACAGCGGCAGAUUCAGGAGUUAGUGUGUUAUAUAUGGGACAACUAUCUUCAGCUCUACGACGUGGAUGAUUUGUUCCUAGUAGGCGUGGGCAAUGCAUACUUGGGGGUUAAGGUCCUUCUGACGAAUCGAGAUUGCAAGGGACGAAUUGCAGGCGUUGUUAAUUUUGUAACGGGAAACCUACGACCUGUUAAAUCAGAGACAGAUACGGAGCUAUCGAGCUGGUAUAAGCAAAACUCUCUCGUAUACGUGACUAAUGAUCAUGCUUGCUGGGGGGACGCAGACCUAGCGAAGAAAGUAGUCAAGAAACGCUUCGGAGGCGUGCAAAGAAGCCCUCAAGUUGGACUAAACCGUAUGAUGGAGGCUCACGCGAAGGAGGUAUACCAAUUCAUCGACGGGAGAGUUGAGCAAGGGAAUAGCGGUAAUACCACCGAGGAGGAGAAGUGAGCUAGAGGGAAUUGAAAUUUCCUAGGAAACUUGAAGAAACAGGAACAGCUGUAUAUACCAGAAGCGUAA